GCAGGAAGCUGGAUGUGGCUGUCCUGUAGCUCCUUCUUCCAGCAGUUCUUCCACUGCUACUGUCCCGUGGGCUUCGGCCGCCGCACUGACCCCAACGGAGACUACAUACGGCGAUAUUUGCCAGUGUUAAGGGGUUUCCCAGCAAAGUAUAUCUACGACCCCUGGAAUGCUCCUGAAAGCGUCCAGAAAGCAGCCAAAUGUAUAAUUGGUGUACACUACCCCAAACCCAUGGUGCAUCACGCCGAGGCAAGCCGCCUCAACAUAGAGCGUAUGAAACAGAUCUACCAGCAACUGUCCUGCUACCGUGGCCUGGGACUGCUGGCAAUGGUGCCAUCCAACCCUAAUGGCAAUAGUGAGAAUUCCACAACCAUAAAGGGAUUCCAAACAGGAGAUGUGACCAAGGAAGUCAAUGCACCUUCAGGCUAUUCUCAAGGUGAAUGGCAUGGCAGAACGAUGCUUUACUCACAAGGAGACCACCAAACAAGCAGCAGCAUGCCACCUCAAGGUUUUUCAGGCAACACUAGUAGCACAAUGUGCUACAGGCAAGAAUCCCAGCAGAUAUCUGGUCCUGCUGUACAGCCAGGACGAGGGCUACACAGCAGCACCUUCCAGACAUUUGGAAAACGACACAGUGAGGAGUCUGGUCCUGCCACAGGCUCAAAAGUCCAGAGGCAGAGCAGCUCUUAAACAUCA